CAGGAACCACGGGGGGGCGGGAGCAAUGCUUUAACCUCUCCACUGAAGCCAAUGCUUUUGGCUGUCACACGCAUUCAGCCUUUGCAAGUGAAGGACGUGGUUAGGCUAGGCUACUUUCACAGUUUGCCGGUAUUAGUUCUAACCGAAUUCUGGUGUGGAUGGUUGAAUGAAUUGUAUUAAAAUGCCUGGUUCUUUACUGAGAAGAGCGCUUGAAGAGUGAUAGACUAUGGGAGCGCCAGCAUGAAGUCCGCGACAUAGCCCGCUCGCAGAGGAAUUCGCUUUGUUUCUAAUCCACGACCACGUUCAACAGCUUCACUCAGAAUGGAUAAUUCAGAAAAGGGAAAUAAAUCUGAUGAAGAUUCGGAAUCGCCAGAGGAAGAGGAGGUGGACCCCAGAAUUCAGGGUGAAUUAGAAAAACUGAAUCAGUCCACAGACAACAUCAACAGAUGGGAAACAGAGCUGGAGGACUCACGGCAGAAGUUUCGUGCCGUCUUGGUGGAGGCCACCAUGAAGCUGGAUGAACAGGUGAAGAAGAUUGGCAAAGCGGUGGACGAGUCCAAGCCAUACUGGGAGGCCAGACGCAUGGCCAGACAGGCCCAGGUGGAGGCCCAGAGGGCCACUCAGGACUUCCAGAGGGCCAUCGAGAUCCUGCGGGCGGCCAAGGAGACCAUCGCGCUGGCCGAGGAGCGCCUGCUGGAGGAGGACAGCCGGCAGUUCGACUCCGCCUGGCAGGAGAUGCUCAACCACGCCACUCAGAGGGUGAUGGACGCCGAGCAGACGAGGACGCGUAGCGAGCUGGCACACAGGGAGACGGCGGCCAGAUACAACGCCGCCAUCAGUCACAUGAAGCAACUGGAGAAGAAGUUCAAACGCACCAUCAACAAGUCCAGGCCAUAUUUUGAAUUGAAGGCAAAGUAUUACCUUCAGUUGGAGCAACUGAAGAGGCAGGUGGACGAGCGGCAGACGAAGCUGACCCAGGCCAAGUCCGAGUACCGCACGGCCCUCCGUAACCUGGAGACCAUCUCCGACGAGAUUCACGCCCGCCGUCGCCUCUCCGCCAUCGGUCCACGGGGGCGUGGCGUGGGCGCCGAGGGCGACGGCUCUGGGGACGACAUCGCCAACUUCAAAAUGGAGUCGGAUGGCAUUUCCAUGAUGUCCGAGACCUUCGAGGAGGAGGGCAGCAACGGCGUCUCCUCAGAGGAGGAGGCCGAGACCCAGUCCUCCUGCAGCCGCAGCAGCUCCUGCCCCAACACACCCCUGGACCUGCCUGGCCCCCACCCCUUCUCCCCGUCCUGCCCCAACACACCCCUGGACCUGCCUGGCCCCCACCCCUUCUCCCCCUCCUGCCCCAACACACCCCUGGACCUGCCCGGCUCCGACCCCUUCGCCCCCUCCCCCUCCUGCUCCAACACCAUCACCACCUCCUCCACCUCCGCCUCGUCCCCUUCCUUGUCCUCGUCCUCACCUCACCCGCUCUCCUCCUCCUGCCCUUACCCUUCGUCCUCGGCCUCCUCGUCCUCUCUCUUGUCUCCGUGCCCUGAGGGCCUGGAGCUGCGGGAUGCCGGCUCGCUGGAGGGACUGGGCCAGGCGUCGCUGGAGGGACUGGGCCAGGCGUCGCUGGUGCUGGGCCCGCGCAGCGAGUGCAGCGGAGCGUCCUCGCCAGAGUGUGACCAGGAGAGAGGAGACCGGGCAGAGGGUAUUGAAGGGAAGCCAGACACCCCCAGCGUCAUGUCACCCCCCAUUCAGAAGAGUUCGCUGCUGGAGGAAAGGCUGAAUAAACUGUCCCUAGAAAGUGCCGAGGCCGAGGACUCCGAGUCCGACCCUUUUACUGUGACCUCUAACCCCGCGCCGACCCCUCCCAUGCUUGUGGUUAAUGGGGUCUGAAGGCGGACCAGUCACCCCCUAAACUCACCCCUCACCCCUUCACCUCCCUAAAACAUCAAGAGGACAAGACGGAAACCCCACUCCUCUUUCCUAAGACGUGUCCCAACACUACCGUUUGAAAGAAUAAUCUUUGUUUGUGUCGUGGUCAUCUCUUUGUCCUAUGUCAGGUGGGACUAUGACUGCUAGGCCACCUCAUAAUCUUUAUUUGUGUCGUGGUCGUGGUAAGGUGAAACUAUGACUACGAGACCACCUUUGUCAGUGUUUCCAGAAUAUUCUGCCUCUAAGAUGGUUGGAAGAUGAAACACAUAAAAACCAAUGGACAGUAUUAAAGACUUGAUGAAAAAAGAUGUGACAUCCAGAACACUACAUGCGUGUGCAACUGAAACCUGUUGGUAGUCUGACGGAUCUUAGUUGGUUGUUGGUUUUUUCUCCUCUUUCCACACCUUGUCACCUACCGCGCAAUACCUACCAUUGGGUUCAAUCUGUGUUGUUUUUUUAUGUGUAAUAUUCUGACUCUCCACCAUGCACAACGUGUUUGAUGUAUUGUAAAAGAAAUACUCCUGAUGACCUUUCAGUGUAGUACCACACUAUUUUUUUCAUGCUACUAGUAUUAAUGGUCCUCUGUAGUUUCAAGGUAUGAACAUAUAUAUAUAUCUAUAUUUAUAUUCAAUGUGUGGAUCGUUAGUUGACCAGUGUGUUGUCACAGCAACAGAGUCCCUGUCAGUCGGAGUAAUAAACACAUGUUUGCACCGUC